UGCUGUUUGUUAGAUAUAAAAUGCUUGGAUGGGUCAGUGCUGACCACAGCACCCGGGAAGUGGCUGAGAGGAGCUGUGCAGAGAGCAGCACUGGCCAUGGGGACAGCAGCCCCAGCCCUUUUGGUACUGCUCAGCCUAAGAGUGACUAUUUGUGAUGCUGAAGACACCUGCUCAGAGGUGAGAAUAGUGGGACUGCGUGAUGCUGACCGACUUGCCAUUCUUCAAGGAUGUCCAGGGAUCCCAGGCAUCUCUGGCCCAAAAGGAGAAGCAGGUCUCCCAGGAACAAAAGGAGAAAUGGGAGACCAGGGAUUACCUGGGAAAGCAGGACCACCUGGUGCAAAAGGAGCAGCUGGAGAGCCUGGCUUCCCAGGACUGAAAGGUAAAUCAUGCUGUCAUGGGAGUACUGGGUGUGGAAGGUGGAGAGCAAUUGAUGGUGUUGUUUAUCCAACAGGAACAAAAGGAGAGCCUGGAUUUCCAGAAAUAUGGGAACCGGGGAACUGCCAAGAACUGUUGGCCAAAGGGAAGAUUUUAAGUGGCUGGUACACAAUCUACCCCCAAGACUGCAAUGCCACCACCGUCUUCUGCGACAUGGACACGGAUGGUGGGGGAUGGAUUGUUUUUCAGAGGCGCUGGGAUGGGUCAGUGAACUUCUUGAGAGAUUGGGAUUCGUACAAAAGAGGCUUUGGCAACCAGCUGACAGAGUUCUGGAUGGGGAAUGACAACAUCCACUUCCUCACCUCACUGGGACCCUGUGAACUCCGCGUUGACCUCAGAGACUUUGAGAACAACUACUAUUUUGCCAAGUAUGCUUCAUUCAGAGUUUUAGGAGAGUCAGAGAAAUACAGACUGGUUCUAGGAGACUUCCUUGGUGGAAACGCUGGGGACUCUUUAUCGUAUCACAGGGACAUGCCAUUUUCAACAACAGAUCAGGACAAUGACAUGAGUUCCUUCAACUGUGCCACAGAAUACAAGGGAGCAUGGUGGUACAAUGACUGCCAUUACUCCAACCUGAAUGGCAUGUACUGGAUGGGUGUGCAUGGGAGCUACGCUGAUGGGAUCAACUGGAAGACAGGUAAAGAAUACCACUACUCCUACAAGCGAACCGAAAUGAAGUUCAGGCCAGUUUAACAUG